GCCCCUCCCCGGGGGACCCCGCCGUACUCUGCGCGGAGGCGCCCCACGAGGGCGGGCGGCGAGGGGCUGGCCUGUGGAGCGGGUUGCUAGGCCACCGGGAGCGCCGCUGCCUGAGCCGUCAGAGGCCGCGGACUGCGAGGGCCCGGAGGGGCCCGGCUCGACCAUGGCCUCCCUGCGCAACGCCGACCCCGCGCUCAGGGCCUACUUCAAGCGCCACAGGCUCCUCGAUGUCUCCGAGUUCUGCUUCCCUAUGGAAAUGUCUUAAAAAGCAGAGUAUAUCUAUGCUGACAAAACAAUCUUAUUGCACCCCAUAUUCUGACUGGCAGUGACCCCUUUAUACAACCCUGCUCCUCCCUGAGGAUCAUGGAAAAUGAACGUCUUCCCAUCCACCAGGAGCUUAAAAACGUCUCUCACUAUCACUUGAAAUCAUGGAAGCCCUUUUGGACCCAUGCAUUUAACAUUCAACAAUGCAACUUCAACCUUGAUGAAGCUUGGAAAGCUGAACAGAGUUCACAAGAAGUCACAAAUAAACACCUUGUGAAAGAUUCAAUGCAGAAGAUCCCUGGCUUUGAUCUCCAGCGAAGACUCUACUAUGUGGUGUAUUUAUUAUGUGUCCAGAGGAUCCACUUAAGUUUUUAGAAGAAAAGAUCAGAGAAAUAAUGGAGAAGGGACUGGAUGGUAUUUUAUGGGAUACAUGUAUUGAUUCAUCCUUAAGGCCAAAAUUAAAGAGGAUUUCAGAAACUUAUUUGCACGUCCUUUUUGGACUAAAUGAUGAACAGCUGAUGACUGAAGAGUUAUGUGGCAAAGCAUGGAACUUUUACAGCAAAAACUUAAAGAAACUGUACUUUCAUGAAUGGAUGCAAUAUUGUCUGUUGCAAAAAAACAGUAGAGAACUUGUAAAGCAGAAGAUGGCUGUUGCAGCUUACCAUUAUGACACCAGAAUAACGAGAGUAAUAGUACAGAAGUGGAGAGCUUGGGCACAGUUUCGCAAGGAACAAAUAGUAUUGGCAGCAAUGAGGAUACAAAAGGUCUUUAAUGACAGUUUGUGCAAAACUAUCCUAAGGGCGUGGCAUGCAGAGGCUCAGAGUUCGGCAAAAACAAAAGCAUAUUUUGAGCGUUUGGUAAAGGGAGACCAGGAAGAAUAUUUUGAUAAACAGGAUGAUGUACAAUAUUCUUCUACCUCAGAAACAGUCAAAGAUGAAAUAUCAAAUAUACCUGAAAGAGCAAUCAUACAGAUCUUCCAUUAUAUCAACUUAAUUGAUCUGGCAAGAUGUGCUCAAGUUAGCCGAUCCUGGAUGUUGCUAACACAGGCUAGUUCAAUAUGGACUGAUAUUGAUUUUUCUUCAGUAAAGCACAAGAUGCAGGACAAAACAGUAAUAAAUAUUCUGAAGAAAUGGCGUCCUUAUGUGGUACGUUUGAAUCUUCGUGGUUGUUCUUCUCUUCACUGGCCAAGCUUUAAAAGUAUUAGUGAAUGUAAAAAUUUGCAAGACUUGAAUGUCUCUGAAUGCCAGGGAUUAAAUGAUGAAUCAAUGAGACUUGUAUCAGAAGGUUGUCCAGCUCUUCUCUAUUUAAAUCUGUCAUACACAGAUAUUACUAAUGGAACACUAAGACUGUUAUCAAGGAGCUUCUCCAAUUUACAAUAUCUGAGUUUAGCUUACUGCAGGAAAUUCACAGACAAAGGUUUACAGUACCUGGGAUCUGGGAAAGGAUGUCACAAGCUCAUCUAUUUAGACCUUUCAGGUUGCAUUCAGAUCUCUGUUGAUGGCUUCAGAUAUAUUGCUAACAGCUGCAGUGGGAUUAAGCACUUGGUAAUCAAUGAUAUGCCAACUCUUACAGACAAAUGUAUUCAAGUUUUAGUUGAAAAAUGCCAAGAUAUUAUGUCUGUUGUUUUUCUGGACUCUCCACAUCUUUCUGAUGUAGCUUUUAAAGCCCUUGCUGAAUGUAAACUUGUCAAGGUCAGAAUUGAAGGGAAUAAUCGGAUUACUGAUUUAAGUUUCAAGUUGAUGAGCAAAUCCUGCCCACAAAUCAAGCACAUUUAUAUGGCUGAUUGCCAGAAGAUUACAGAUGUCAGUCUUAAGACAAUUUCUCCGUUGAAGUAUAUUCUUGUAUUGAAUUUAGCGGAUUGUGUAAGAAUCAGUGAUGCAGGUUUACGUCUAUUUUUAGAAGGAUCAUCAGGGACAAAGCUAAGAGAACUGAACUUCACUAACUGUAUCCAUGUCACUGAUGCCUCUCUCAUGAAAAUAGCCCAAAGGUGCCAUAAUCUGACCUACCUGAAUAUUCGUUACUGUGAAAGUGUGACUGAUGCUGGGAUUGAGGCACUGGGAAACAUGACCUCAUUGAUGUCUGUUGAUAUUUCUGGAACCACUGUCUCAGAUAUGAGCUUGGCAGCCCUGGCCCACACUAGAAGAAUGAAGGAACUUUCUGUAUCUGAAUGUAGGAAGAUUACUGAUAUGGGAAUUCAGAAGUUCUGCCAGGAUGCGAAAGAUCUAGAAUACUGUGAUGUCUCUUACUGCUUUCAACUGACAAAUGAAACUGUCAAAGCUUUAGCAUUUAACUGCCACCAACUUACAUCCCUCAACAUAGCUGGUUGCCACAAGAUGACGGAUUUAUGUGUUCAGUAUUUGUCUGGAGUCUGCCAUUAUCUCCACUUCUUGGAUAUCUCAGGCUGUGUACGUCUUACUGACAAAACACUAAAGUACCUUUCGAAAGGUUGUACGCAACUCCGGAUUCUUAAGAUGCUGUACUGCAGAAAUAUUACCAAACAAGCUGUUUUGAAAUAUUCAGCCAAGCUAGAGAAGCAAGAAUAUAAUGAUGCCGACCCGCCUUCAUGGCUUGGGUAUGAUCGCGGUGGAGGUGUACUCCCCCUCAACAAGAAACCCAAAACAGGACCUGAAAAAGCUAAAGCCUUGUACUGGAAUGAAAACAAAGAAGCUGCAUAACAUCUUCUGUGUUUCAAGUUUUCUUCAGCAGAGAGUAUAAAAAUGAAAUGGCAAGUUCCUGUUUCUAAAAUAGUCAUUUAAUAAAGCAGAUUUUCUAGUUGAAUUGUGAAGAGUUUAUUCCAGAUCUUCUUAGCAGCAGUACUGCUGCCCACAUUCACAAUUAAUGUGCAAAGAAAUGAAAUUGCUAGCUUGUUCAGUGAGCUUUCAGGUGCUAAAUCAAUCUAGUGAAAUUUCAGAUGUGUUCAUCAUCUUCCAGGCAUGAGCAGCAUUUGUACAGAUUGCAAAGCAGUAUUUAUACUUUCAUGAUUUGUAACUAAUAAAGAAGCUGUGUAGUGGUCUUAUUUAUCGAGAGGGUCUGACUAGGGCUUGCCCCCAUGAGGGGAGAAGCAUCCUGAGCUCUCACAAAAAUCUGGGAAUUCAGCACCCCACAGAAUUAGUUCAUAUCAAGGACAAAUAUUCGUCCCCCCCUCAACUGCAUAUGCAAAUAACGUAUUUGUAUCUGCAAAUGGUCACUUGCACAUUGAAGUAAUUGCACAUUCAGGCCUCUCAUUCUAAAAAUGUAGUUCUCCACAUUACUUAAGGCCACAUCAUUAAAGCUACAGCUUGGAGCUUUUGAAAAUCCUACUAGGCACCUUGAUGCCCAACUACCACUGAUGGGAGUUAUGUGCACAGGCACUUUUAAAAAUCCUUCUGGACACCUAGCUGGAUCUUUAGGAGGCUAAAUAAUUUUAAACGUGAAGGACAAGAUUUUUACCUUCAGUGAUAUGAAAUUACAGAGUUGAGAGAGCCAGUGCAAUGGAAGAUAGAGGGACCAAAGAGACUGAAAAAUUAGCAGAAAAAUCUGUGGAGCCGAUCCUGUAAAACGUAUCCAUACACUUUUGCUGCCGCAUGGCAUUCCAUUUAAGUCAGUGGAAAUCCCUGUGGUAGUAUAGGUCUGUGUGGAGCUAAUUGUAAGACUGGACCUAGAACAGUACCAAUCAAGGAACAAAGCAGUGGGACUCAAAACAAUAGGUGUCCCCUUUGACUAAAACAGUUAACAAAAGCCUUGGCUUUGACAAUUUCUUCAGGAAUUUGAACCCUAUUGCAUGCUUUCGUUAAUUUUAUACAAACUGUCAGUGGUGCUCCACCUCAAUACCCUUUGUUUCCAGACAAAAAAAUUCAUAGAUUAAGGGGAAAGCAAUGACUGAUGUGGUUUUAAUUAAGUGCUAUGCAGGUUAAUAAUAGUGCCCUCUAUUGUCACCCUGUUGUGCAUCAGCAAUGACACUUACAAUGGGAAGCAGUAGAACGGGAUGGCUUUACAACGCAUCUUGGUGAUUUAGCGUGCACGUGCCCACACUGAGAGAGCAUCGUGAAUUAUGAACAGCAGUGGGGCUGUGAACUCUUCUUUUCUCCACUGGCUACCCUCAAUAUGUGGUUUGAUGGCCUCAGAUUAAAUUUCAGUUUUGAGAACCAAACUUGUGUACCUCUCGUACAAACAUCACUGUUUUGUAGUCAGACAAAGGAUUUUAAAAUUUUAAUUUACUUUAUUAUUUUGCAUUUAUAUUGUGGUAGCACAUAGAGGCCUCAACCAAAAGCAGAGCCCU